AUGGAGCGAGAGGAGGAGAAUAAGAAAGAAGGAGUAUCUUCGUAUAGGUAUUGGGUGAGAGAAGCCACCGCAGAGGCAGCUCCUCCUCCUCUGCCUCAGAAGCUCAAUAACAACGACGCCGCUCCCAAUGCUCCUCCUGCCCUUGGCUCCCUCUGGAAUCAGGCUGGCACUUGGGAGGAAAAGAGUCUCACCAAAUGGGCAACUGAUCGAUUAAAGGAGCUGCUGGGAUCAGUGGGUUCACUGCAAUUCUCUUCUGGAAAAGCUGAGAUUAUAGAUGUUAACAGAUGUGUUGGAGAUGCCUACUUAGUAACAGUUCGGAACAAGAAAAGAGUUGGCUACACAUACGAGCUUUCCCUCAAAGUCGAGGGAGAGUGGUCAUUGGAAGACAACGCAAAGAGGGUGAAGGGAAGCCUCGACAUUCCUGAGUUCUCGUUCGGAGAGCUUGAUGAUCUUGAGGUGGAUGUGAAGCUGAGCGAAGACAAGGAGCUUUCCCACAAACUGAAGCAGCUGAUUAGAUUGGAUAUGAAGCAGUUCUUGGAGCCUAUACGCCUGAAACUCGGCCAGUUCGAGCAGGAACUCAAAGACAGAUAA